AAAAAAAAUGAAUUAUAUGUAAAACUUGUUUAUAGACACGAACUGAUGAUGCUGCUAAAGCAGUUAAACCAUUUGGUGAAGUUGACUUCUAUCAUCCGGGUGCAAGUUUUGGUCCAUGGUUACCAAGUGAAUUUAUUGCUGUAAUUGGUUUUGGACUCGUUUGGUGGGCUGCAUAUCGCGAACGAUCGAAAAUCCUUGCUUGA